AAGAUAGCAUCAGAAGCUGUUGAAGAUGUCUGUGGAAUCUGCGAUGGUGACGGGACUCACUGUACCGUUGUUGAGGAUGUAUUCAAGGGUGUUCCAACAACAGGUUAUGCCCCUAUAGCAACAGUGCCAAAGGGUGCCAUGAACGUGAAGCUGGCAGAAAGUACAUCCUAGUGAUAAUAUGAUUGCAGUGACAGCAAUUGACAACCAAACUUACUACUUGAAUGGUGGCUAUACAGAAGGCUACGAAGGGGAAUACAAUUUUGGAAACACCAAAGGAAUCUACACGAAACCUGGGAAAGAUAUGGAUGAACUCAACAUUAAAGGUCCACUUACAGAACCUUUGGUGCUUUAUGUCUGCCUCUUUGCAGACACCAAUCCAGGAGUUCACUACUCAUAUGCUAUGCCCUCUGACACGCCAACGUACACACCCAAAUACCGCUGGGACUUUGUCGAGUGGGGUCCAUGCUCCGCUCAGUGUGGUGGGGGUACUCAGGUGAUGCUAGGCAUUUGCAUGGAAGAAAAGAAUGGCAAGGUGAAACCAUCUCUAUGUGAAGGCAUACCGAAAAAAGAGCCGAGAGCACGUACUUGUAAUGAUAAAACCUUGUAG